AUGCUUUCGAUUUCGGAGCAUCCGUCUAAAGAGCCCCAACUCAAAAGGCCCAAAAGUCCGGACCCGCUCAACUCCUUCAACUCACUCCUCCAGCUCAUCCACCACCCUCGCACAUGCCUACUCUUCGCCAUACUCGCCCUCCAGGUCCUGCUCCUCUUCACUCUUCGCUCUCUCCCUUUCUCUCGCCAACAUUUUUCUCCGCCGAACUCCCUUAAACCCGAACCCUUACCAGUACCUGAACCUGAAGACCGAUGCGGGUCGGGCCGGGUCUUCGUCUACGACCUCCCCAAAACCCUCAACCAAGAGAUUUUACAAAAUUGCGACGACCUCAACCCGUGGAGCUCGCGCUGCAAAGCCUUGGCGAACGAGGGGCUCGGCCAGCAGGCGACGGGAAUCGCCGGAGUCGUGCCAGAGAAUCUCGCUCCGGCGUGGUACUGGACGGACCAGUUCGUUUCGGAGGUGAUUUUCCACAAUCGGAUCCUGAACCAUAAGUGCCGGGUCAUGGAGCCAGAAUCGGCCACGGCGUUCUACAUCCCCUUCUACGCUGGACUCGCGGUGGGCAAGUACUUGUGGUCGAACUCCAGUACCGCACAGGACCGCGACCGCCACUGCGAGAUGAUGCUUAGGUGGGUCCAGGACCAGCAGUACUACAAAAGAUCCGAGGGCUGGGAUCAUUUCAUCACGAUGGGGCGGAUCACGUGGGACUUUCGACGGUCCAACGACCAAGAUUGGGGGUCACGCUGCAUUUACCUCCCCGGCAUGAGAAACAUCACGCGUCUCCUGAUUGAGCGAAACCCGUGGGACUAUUUCGACGUCGGUGUUCCCUACCCCACCGGAUUCCACCCCAGGUCAGACUCCGACGUCGCCGAGUGGCAGAGCUUCGUCCGUACGCGCAACCGCACGAAGCUCUUCUGCUUCGCCGGAGCGAAACGCGGCGCGAUAAAGAACGACUUCAGAGGGCUUCUGCUGAGUCACUGCGAGAGCGAGUCGGAGUCGUGCCGAGUAGUGGACUGCUCGGGGACCAAGUGCUCGAACGGCACCUCAGCGAUCCUCGAAACGUUUCUGGACUCGGAUUUUUGUUUGCAGCCGAGAGGCGAUAGCUUCACGCGGAGGUCGAUUUUCGACUGCAUGGUGGCCGGUUCGAUCCCGGUCUUCUUCUGGAAGCGAACCGCUUACAUACAGUACGAGUGGUUUUUACCAGGCGAACCGGAGAGUUACUCCGUUUACAUAGACCGUAACGCCGUUACAAACGGGACGUCGAUAAAGAACGUGCUUCAGGGGUUCAGCAGAGAGGAGGUUGAAAAAAUGAGAGGGAAAGUGAUCGAUUAUAUACCCAAGUUUUUGUAUGCGAAACCUCAGGAGGGUUUGGAGAGUGUGAAAGAUGCUUUCGAUAUUGCGCUGGAAGGGGUGUUGAGGAGGUUCAAGGAGCACGAUGAGUGGGGGUUCAGAUGGAAAUGA